AAUAAUUAAUAUCUUAUCAAAUCUAAUAUGAAACAUGCACCUUUUCUAGAAAUAUCAAUAAGAUAAGAUUUUUAGAUAAGAUCCUUGUAUUUCCUUUCAAUAAAUCAGUAUUAUACUUAUAGUUAAAAUGAAUUUCUUUGCUUUAACCCUCGUUUUAGCUUUUUGUGUAAUUACACCAACCAAAGCUUUAAAAUGUUACACCUGUACAAGUACGGAUGAAGCUGUCGAUGAAGCUUGUAUAAAUGACCCAGAAAGUGUAACUGCUUCAAGCGCAAUCACGGAAUGUAAUAAAAAAUACUGUUAUUCGAUUCGAGUUGAAUUUGUGGAUCCCAAAGGAAAAGUUUCAUCAAUGUCCAGAACUUGUGUAGAUGAACCUCUAUACAAAAGUAUGGUUAUAGAGGAUAGCACUUUUAGAACUUAUUAUCGUGCGUGUAAUGAAGAUCUUUGUAAUGGUGGUUCUGGAACAGAUUUAUCACAAACGACUUCUUCCAUCGAUAAUGGAAAAGCAAUUACAAUUUUUGUUAGAGGAACUGGAUCUGGUUCAACUAUAUUCGCAUCGUUAGGCUUAAUAUUAGCUUUACAAAUGUAUUUACGAUUAAAUUAAAUCUUUAUUUUUAUUUAGAAUAGAUUUAAAUAAAUAUUUUUUUAUGUGGAAUCACUGUCAAAAUUUGAAAUUACUAAUAAAUUACUCCCUUUGUAUACUCAAUUAAAUAUAAAUUGAUAGAAGUUAAUCGAUAAUCUAAUAA